GCCCAAAAUAAACAACGCUUUCCCUUUCAUUCGACCAAUUUUCCCAAUUCUAGGGCCAAACCAAACCCUCACACAGUCACACACUCACAAUUCGCUGCUACCGAACGCGCUCACGUUCGGAACGGAAGCCAUGGAUGCGCUAAGGAAGCAGCUCGAUGUGCUGAUGGGAGCCAACCGCAACGGCGACGCGCAGGAGGUGACGCACAAGUACUACGAUCGCGACGUCUGCCGCCUCUUCCUCGCCGGCCUUUGCCCGCACGAGCUUUUCCAGCUCACUAAAAUGGACAAGGGACCAUGCCCCAAGGUGCAUUCAUUGCAGCUGAGGAAAGAAUAUGAGGAUGCAAAAGCAAAGGGUGUUGACAAUUAUGAUAGGGAUUUAGAGGAUAACAUAGACAGACUUAUUGUUGAGUGUGAUCGUAAAAUUGAAAGGGCUCUGAAGAGACUCGAUGAAGAGGAUGCCAAAGCAGCUGUUGCAAUUUCUGUAUCGGAAGUUACCCUGACACCAGAGAUUGAUGAGAUGUCAAAGCAAAUUAAGGAGAAAUUGCAUGAACACGAUCAAUUUGAUCUUGAAGGCAAGACGGACAUGAAGAUGCGGGUCCAGGAAGAGAUUGAAGAGCUAAGAACUCAAAGAGCAGAUAAACAGUCUAUGCUUCUUUUGGAUGCCUUCAACAAAGAUCGUGCAUCUCUUCCUCAGCCUAUGGCGAAUGCUUCGCAGGGUGCACCUAUGCCUGCAGCUGUUCCAGAUCCUCACAUUCAGGAGAUGAUCAAUGAAAAGCUAAAGAAAGCUGAAGAACUUGGUGAACAAGGAAUGGUAGAUGAAGCACAGAAAGCAUUAGAAGAGGCCGAAGCACUAAAAAAGCUGCCAGCUCGACAGGAACCUGUACUGGAUUCUUCAAAGUACACAGCUGCUGAUGUGCGCAUUACUGAUCAGAAGCUUCGUGUCUGUGACAUUUGUGGAGCAUUCCUCAGUGUUUAUGACAGCGACCGCCGUUUAGCUGAUCAUUUUGGUGGAAAGCUCCAUUUAGGGUAUAUGCUAAUCCGUGAAAAGCUAGUUGAACUCCAGGUGCUGCUAUAAUCUUUCAAUUUCUUAUAGAGAGUCUCACUUUAUAUGUCCUCUGUGAGUUUUCCUUAUCCUAGUGUAAGUGUGUUUCAUAAAUACUUCAAUUUGGAUUAUUGAUGAAAAUCUUGUUCAUCCCGGCCAUAUUUGAGAUCUCAGGAAACAAAAGGGUAAGGUAACAGCUGGUGACCAUCUGUAAGUUUUCCUGGUAUGACGUUUGAAGUUCUCUAAAGUAGAAUUCGAACAGAUGAAAAUCAUUUUAUUAGCUAAUUUGAAAAUAAAAAUGAGAGGCUUUAGCUGAUUGGAGUUAUUAAGACCGAUUAGAUAAAGAUUAUGAAUUUAUCAUGUUUUACUGUAUCUAGAUGCUGCUUAGGGGACAGUAAUUUGCCUUUUCUGCGGGAAAAGGGGUACAUUUGAUGCCUUUGAAAAUCAGGUUUGUUAGUCAGGAAACAGACACAAUUCUUAUUGUAGUUUUCUGCAAACCAGUGUAGAUUCACAUUUGCUUUUUAAUCUGCACCGACUAGCUGUUUCUGCUCUAACCUUAGCUGGAUACGCCAAUUGAAUAUGAUAAUUUAUCACUGUUGUGGCAUACUGUGCCUUACCUUUAAGAAGGUACCAAUUUGACUUUUAGUUGAUAGUACACAAAUGAUUGAUUAAUCUCGAGGGUAUCUCUGACGAAAACAUGCUGUUUUUAUCUCUCGGGUUUAGCAGCACAGCAUGUAUCUCUAGGGAACAGUCUUGAGAUUUAUACUUAACAAAUAAGAGACCCAGAAAAUGAUUCAAACUGAUAAGUUUACAUUUUCUUGGUAAGAUAAAACAGAUAUACCAAGGGGCAGUAAAAUUUCUUCAGUUGGUUUGCACCUUCAGUGGGCCCAUGGGGAAGAAUAUGUUUGUUUAUUUCGAUUAUACUUUAACUCGGAUCAACUAUAAUGUGUCAUUUCAAAUGUAUCUUAUUUUGGAUCAUUAUCAGGAAGAGCGAGACAAGAAACGUAGAACCCUUGAAGAAGAGAGAA